CGGUGGAUGUACAGGUCAGCCGAGCAACUGGUUCCUUUUCUCCCUUCUCUCGGUCCCUAACACAGUGUCCUGAUGGAGCUUUCUUACCAGACUCUCAAAUUCACGCAUCAGGCGCGGGAAGCGUGCGAGAUGAGGACAGAAGCACGACGAAAAAAUCUUCUUAUUUUGAUUUUGCAUUAUUUAACACAAGAAGGAUAUAUUGAUGCAGCCAAUGCUUUGGAGCAAGAAACUAAACUGGGGUUACGACGCUUUGAAGUUUGUGACAACGUUGAUCUUGAAACUAUUUUGAUGGAAUAUGAGAGCUAUUAUUUUGUAAAAUUUCAGAAAUACCCCAAAAUUGUCAAAAAGGCAUCCGACACAGCAGAAAAUAAUUUACCACAAAGAAGUGGAGGGAAGACCAGAAGAGCAAUGAACGACAGUUGUCAAAAUCUUCCCAAGAUCAGCCAGCAGAGGCCACGGUCCAAAACCACAGUGGGGAAGCCAGGGGGCAGCAAGCCCCUCCACAGGGAGCAUCCUAAACAGGAGCUUGUCAAUCACACUCACAAGGAGAGUGCUGACUUUGGCUUAAGUAUAUCUGGAAUCAACAAAGGCAGUGGAGAAGAAAACGUCCACCCACAAAAAGGCCAAAUCAUUGACUUCCGAGGGCUGCUCACAGAUGCCAUAAAAGGAGCAACCAGCGAACUUGGCUUGAACAGCUUCGACUGUAACCCAGACCCUUCAGAACGAUUGUUGAAACCUCUGAGUGCAUUUAUUGGCAUGAACAGUGAGAUGCGAGAAUUGGCAGCCGUGGUGAGCCGGGACAUUUAUCUCCAUAAUCCAAACAUAAAGUGGAAUGACAUUAUUGGACUCGAUGAAGCCAAGCAGUUAGUCAAAGAAGCUGUUGUGUAUCCUACAAGGUACCCACAGCUGUUUACAGGAAUUCUUUCCCCCUGGAAAGGACUGCUGCUCUACGGACCUCCAGGUACAGGAAAGACUUUGCUGGCCAAAGCUGUGGCUACAGAAUGCAAGACAACCUUCUUUAAUAUUUCUGCCUCUACCAUCGUAAGCAAAUGGAGAGGGGAUUCAGAAAAACUUGUUCGGGUGUUAUUUGAACUUGCCCGCUAUCACGCCCCUUCCACCAUCUUCCUGGACGAGCUGGAGUCAGUGAUGAGUCAGAGAGGCACGGCUCCUGGGGGAGAGCACGAAGGAAGCCUGCGGAUGAAGACAGAGUUACUGGUGCAGAUGGAUGGGCUGGCUCGCUCCGAGGAUCUCGUGUUUGUCUUAGCAGCCUCCAACCUGCCGUGGGAGCUAGACUGUGCCAUGUUGCGGCGCCUGGAGAAGAGGAUUCUGGUGGACCUCCCGAGCCAGGAGGCCAGGCAGGCCAUGAUCCACCACUGGCUGCCCCCCGUGAGCAGGGGCAGCGCCCUGGAGCUGCGCGCGGAGCUGGAGUACAGCCUGCUGAGCCGGGAGAUGGAGGGCUACUCGGGCUCGGACAUCAAGCUAGUCUGCAGGGAAGCAGCCAUGCGGCCUGUGAGGAAGAUCUUCAAUGCCCUUGAAACUCAGCAGUCAGAGAGCAGCAGUUUACCUGGGAUCCAGCUGGAUACAGUGACCACUGCUGACUUUUUGGAUGUGCUAGCCCACACCAAGCCUUCAGCAAAAAAUCUGACUCAGAGAUACUCAGCCUGGCAAAGCGAGUUCGAGUCUGUGUGAAAUCACAUUUACCCUGACUUGGCCACAAAGACAACUACAGAGGCCUCCUUGUUAAUUAGUGUAAGUGGAAGAACAUUAUGCUUGGAAUAGAAAACAGAAAAUUAUUCUUGAAGACUGGAUUUGGACAACUGUACCAUUUUGGAAAUAUAUAUUUUCAUGGUCGACGUCAGCAAAAUAUUGAAGAUUCCAAUUACAGGUAUG